UUCCUCCGGUCGGGUGUGAGGAGUUCUCUCUUGGAGCUGGAGAGGAGAGGUUGACCGGCCGUCUCUCUCCUCCAGCAGCCGCCGGGCUUCUCUGCAGCCUCCCGCCGCCUCAUCAUGGAUCUGGGGACUAAAAGAGUCGUUGGGAUUAUGGUUCGGGUCGCGCUGCUUCUCUCCAGCUCGUACAGGACAACCGGAGAAGAGGUGUGUGACAGCGCACUGGUGUCCAAUCUGCCGCCAUCGUCCUUCAGAAGCUCCUCCCAGCUGUCCAGCAGCCACGCACCAGGCUUCGCCAAACUCAACAGGAGAGAAGGAGCUGGAGGUUGGUCUCCUCUCACCUCAGACAGGUACCAGUGGCUGGAGGUUGAUCUGGGCGAGCGGACCAAGAUCACCGCUGUCGCUACCCAGGGCCGCUACGGAAGCUCUGAUUGGCUGACGUCCUACCUGCUUAUGUUCAGUGACACGGGACACAACUGGAAACAGUACAGACAGGAGGACAGUAUAGGGUCUUUUCCAGGUAACAGUAACGCAGACAGUGUGGUUCAGUACAAGCUGCAGCAGCCGGCGAUCGCUCGCUUCCUCCGGCUCAUCCCUCUGGACUGGAACCCCAGCGGGAGGAUCGGACUCCGGCUGGAGACCUACGGAUGUCCUUAUGCCUCUAAUGUUGUGAGUCUGGACGGCAGCAGCAGCAGCCUGGUGUACAGGCUGAGUCCCAGGCCGAGGCGGACGUCCGGAGACGUCGUCUCCCUGCAGUUCAAAACCAUGAGGAAUUCCGGGACGCUGCUGCAUGCCGAGGGAGAGGGAGGACUCGGCCUCAGUCUGGAGUUAGAGGGAGGGAAGCUCCAGCUGAUGCUCAGACGAGGUAGGACUUCAUCCUCCGAGCCCCGGCGUCUCGCUUCACUCGGCAGCCUGUUAGACGAUCAGCAUUGGCACCAUUUAGCAGUGGAGAGACGCGGCUUUCACCUCAACCUCACUGUGGACAAACACACCGAGAGGGUUCAAAUCCCUGCAGAGUUCAGCCACUGGCACAUCGAGCAGCUGAGUGUGGGGGCAGUCCAGAGCCUGGAUUCUCAGAAACUAGUCGUCUCCAAGCAGAACUUCCAUGGCUGCCUGGAAAACCUGCUGUGCAAUGGCCUCAACCUGAUAGAACUUGUAAAGCACAAAGACCACCAGGUUACUGUUAUGGGCAAUGUGACCUUCUCUUGUGCUGAGCCAGUUUCUGUGGCCGUAACGUUCCCCGGUCCCCGCAGUUUCCUCCAGUUGCCGGGGGCGACGGCGUCCCCUUCAGGGGGCGUGUCCGUGGGGUUUCAAUUCCGGACGUGGAACAAGGCGGGGCUUCUGCUCACCUUUGCCCUGCCUCAGGAAGGGGGCGUGGUCUGGCUUUACCUGAGUGAGGCCCGACUCCGGCUACAGAUCCAUAGAGCCGGCAGGGCACUGCUGGAGCUCAGUGCAGGUUCUGCUCUAAAUGACGGCCAGUGGCAUUUGGUGGAGCUGAACUCCAGACUAAGUCGUCUGAGCAUCGUUGUGGAUAAAGAAGAAGGAGGCAGCGCUCAGGCCAGCCCUUCGUUUCCUGUGUCCAUAGAAAGUCACCUCUUCUUUGGAGGCUGCCCUGCCGAAGAUGAAAGUCUGGAAUGCAGAAACCCCUUUAAUGUCUUCCAGGGCUGCAUGCGUCUCCUAACUCUGGACAGCCAAAUCGUGGACCUGAUCGCAGUGCAGCAAAAGCAGCUGGGAAUGUACAACAACCUUCAGAUCGACAUGUGUGGCAUCAUUGACAGGUGUUCUCCCAGUCGUUGUGAACAUGGCGGCCGCUGCACUCAGUCCUGGACCGUCUUCCACUGUAACUGCUCUGACAGCGGCUACAGCGGAGCGACCUGCCACAGCUCUGUGUACGAACAGUCCUGCGAGGCGUACAAACACAACGGCAACACGUCGGGACAUUUUUAUAUCGACGUGGACGGCAGCGGACCAAUCAAACCGCAGCAGGUCUACUGCAACAUGACAGAGGAGAACACGUGGAUGGAGAUCCAGCACAACAACACAGAGCUCACCAGAGUCCGACCGUCUGCAGGCGUGAACCAGCAUUUCGUCCACUUUGACUAUUCGACUGGAGAGGAGCAGCUAUCGGCAGCCAUCAGCCAAUCAGAGCACUGCGAACAGGAACUGGCCUACCACUGCAGGAAGUCCCGCCUCCUCAACACUCCAGAGGGCUCUCCGUUCAGCUGGUGGCUCGGUGGUCCUGGUCCCGGUCGUGUCCAGACUUACUGGGGCGGAGCUCAUCCAGGCAGCCAGCAGUGCGCCUGUGGCCUGCAGGGCGACUGUGUGGACCCACAGCACUACUGCAACUGUGACGCUGGCCGCCUGGAGUGGGCUGAAGACUCCGGCCUGCUCACCCAUAAGGAGAGCCUCCCCGUCCGGACUCUGGUGCUCGGUGACAUCCAGAGGCAGGGCUCGGAGGCCGGAUACAGGGUGGGGCCGCUCCGUUGUCAUGGAGACAGGAACUUCUGGAACGCCGCGUUUUUCGACAAAGAGACGUCGUACCUGCACUUCCCCACCUUCCACGGAGAGCUGAGCGCAGAUAUCUCCUUCCUGUUUAAAACCACGGCCUCCUCUGGCGUGUUCCUGGAAAACCUGGGCAUCAGAGACUUCAUCCGGAUCGAACUGAGCUCCUCCUCUCAGGUGGUUUUCUCUUUCGAUGUGGGCAACGGGCCGCUGGAGGUUCGCGUGGAGUCGAGCGUCCCGCUGAAUGACAACCGGUGGCACCGAGUCCGGGCCGAGCGGAACGUCAAGGAGGCGUCGCUGCGACUGGAUGGACUUCCCGCGGCCACUCAGGAGGCUCCUGCCGACGGACACUUCCACCUGCAGCUCAACAGCCAGCUGUUCAUAGGAGGCACAGCGUCCAGGCAGAAGGGCUUCCGGGGCUGCAUUCGCUCUCUGCAGCUGAACGGCGUCACCCUGGACCUGGAGGAGAGGGCGAGGAUCACACCCGGGGUUCGACCCGGCUGCCCGGGUCACUGCAGCAGCUACGGCUCGUUCUGCCAGAACCAGGGCCGCUGUGUGGAGAGAACCAACGGCUUCCACUGCGACUGUGGCCUGUCAGCCUACACUGGAGUCUUCUGCCAUACAGAGGUGUCGGCCAGCUUCAAGUCGGGGACGUCCGUCAGCUACACCUUCAAGGAGCCGUACGAGCUGAGCAGGAACAGCAGCGCUCUGCCGUCCUCCAUCUACUCCGACAUGACGCUGAGAGGAGAGAACGUCUCCCUGAGCUUCAGGACGACCCAGAGUCCGGCUGUGCUGUUCUACGUCAGCUCCUACUACAGAGAGUAUCUGGCUCUGCUCAUCAACAAGCACGAUAAGCUGGAGGUGAGAUACAAGCUGGACAGCAGCAGAGAUGCUGAAGUGUUGAGAAGCAGAGUGAGGAGCCUGGCCAAUGGACAGCUGCACACCGUCACCGUCAGGAGGCUGUCAGACUCUGUGUCUGUGCAGAUUGACCAAAACGCCAGGGAAGACUUCAACCUGACAUCUGACGGAGAAUUCAAUGCCAUCAAGUCGCUGGUGUUGGGCAGAGUGCACGGCUCUGAUGAUUUGGAUCCAGAUCUGGCCAGGCUGGCGUCUCUCGGUUUCACCGGCUGUCUGUCGGUGGUCCACUUUAACUCCAUCAGCCCUCUGAAAGCUGCUCUGCUCCACCCAGACACCAGCCCUGUCGUCGUCACCGGACCUUUGGUUCAGUCCAACUGCGGCUCCUCGGCUUCAGCCAAUCCCUACGCAGCAGAGAACACACACCACCUGUCAGACCAGUCUGGUUCAGUGGGUUCAGGUCAACCUUUAGUCAAUGCCAUCAGGACUGACUCAGCUCUGAUUGGAGGUGUCAUAGCAGUGGUGAUCUUUGUGAUUGUGACUGUCCUGGCGAUAGCUGCCAGAUUCCUCUACCGGAGAAAAGAGACGUAUCGAAACCAGGAGGUGAAGGGAGUCAAACAGGAGGACAGCCAGGAUUUCCCUUUCAACAACCAGGCUGACUCCCAGAACGUCUCCGGUGAAAACCCAAAGGAGUAUUUCAUUUAACUGGAGGCCCGAUGAGCUGAUGAGCUGGUGGGUUUUGGAGCGGGAGGUGCAGACCGGAGGUGUCCCGUCAUGCCUCAGGACUUUACACUGCACUCAGAGCCGCUUUAGAGACAGAAGUGGCUCCACAGCAUGUGGAGGCAGAAAAAACAAAAAACAAAACAAAAAAUGAACAAUUCACAUGUUGUCUUUCUGUUGCUUUGCUGUACACUGAGAAUAUACUGGUGCAAACAGGCAGCAGCGUUGGACUAAUGAGGUGUCGAUAUCCUUGUUUUAACUGUAAAUAUGAAAAAAUGUAAACGUUUCAUUAAUGUCUUUGUAACACUCUGGCUAAUGUCACUUUGUCAUAUGAAAUAUAACGGGGUAUUGGUAUUUUUUUUCUUUUUUAAAUGGUGGACAGAGAUGUGAAGGUAUGCCCUCGCGGUGGAGACAGACGGGUGCUUACAUGUGAGACUGGAUGUUUAAAUCCUCUGGAAGCUCAGUCAGUCAAUCAGACCUUUUGUUGAGAUUAAAUGGUUUUGUCACCGUCUAACCUUCUGUUUUACAGUGUUUUCAACAUCCAGGAGGUUCUCUUUCCACCAUCCUUCCCUCGAGUUUUCAUCCCCUUCUCUUUGCAGAUUAAAGCUUUCACGUUGUAAUGUUUUGGGUGGGGAAAAAAAACAUCAGAAAAAGAUUUGUGGGAGAAAUUUCUUUCACCGUAUUGCAAAAAUGAUUGCAAAUUUAUGAUCUCAGUCAUGGCUUAAGUUUUAAACCUCACAGCAGCGAUAAUAGACAUUGUGACAACGCGAAAGGGGGUCUCUAAUGAACCCACAAAGAAUUAUCAUGCAAAGCUGCAGCUCCCCUCCAGCUGCAUGAGUCUUUGUAACAAGUGUCAGCUGAACAACCUGCUGUUUUACGGUCUCGGUUCGCUUUCGUUUUCUGCAGGCAGCUGUUGUGCGCGACCUCCUCAGUGCUAAACUGCUGGCAGGAAAUGUCAGAAACCAGCUGCUGAAUGCUGCACUGUAUUCGCCAGCUAAAGAGCCAGAUAUUUCCCUGAGAGCGGGAGGAGCUCAAAAUCAGAAGCUAAAAGGAGUGAAAACUGGACUGCAUUUUGCCCUGGGCUUCAGAACACAACUUAUGUUGGCUCACGAGCUGGCAGAAUCAAAUUAAAAGGGAAUAUAUGAACAUUUUUCACAACUCGUCUCUGCCAGCUUGAAUCAGUUGUUUCAUAUUUAAGAUUUCAGUCAGUUGAUUUGACAAAACUAAUGUUUUGGGCCGGCACAUGCUUCAAGCAGCUGCUUUGUCAGAAAUAAAACACCAUGCGAUGUAUUUGCUCUCAGUGCAGCCAAACAAACCCACUUUAAAAAGGUAAGCACAGGGAGGAAAUCUAAAUCCAUCGUGGGAAUGCUGGACUCCACCACUAACAGAAACUACUUUAAAGGAAAGUUUUUACAGAAUGUAAAUAAACUGAAAGGCUAUUUCUGGAAACAAAGGCUACAAAAGGUUUCUCUUUUGUGCAUCAAAAAGGCCUCUUGUGUAACGCAGGCUGACAAAUGCUUUCUGAAAUUUCUCCCAUACGCAGCUUCUUCUCUUCACAUCGUUCAAACAACUUUGUUCUAGUCUGAGACUGAAUCCCAGUUUGUACUCCAGAUUCAUUUAGAAGAACUUUUGUAUGUGAAUGCUUGUGUGAAUGUUUGAACUGUCCUAGUCAUCAUCAGGACACUGGUGGACAGACUCAAGCAUUCAGUUUAUUCUUAUCCCACUUCCCACUUUUUAACAUGGCGGCAUUAGCGCGAAACCCAGUCUCACAUGUGGUUCUGCCUUCAAAGCCUCUUGCUUUUUUCCUUUCUGCUUCCACUUAAAAGUUUUCUCCUCCCUGCUGUACGCCGCCUGCUGGGAGCUUCCUUUCCCAGCUCUCUAAAUGUCUCUGAACAGCAAAGCUUUUAACACUGACAGCAGCGCAGACUCCACAACACUGUGGCUGUCUGUCACCUCGUUCGCUGCACAGAGACGGUUAAUGUGCUUUUGAAAUGCUAAUCCGCGUCGGUCUGACAGGUGGAUUGUAACUCGGUGGAAACGAGAAUGAGACAGGCUGAUGAUCUGAGAGACUGAGUCGAGCACACACAGAUGCAGUGAAAACAGCUAUUAUGAUAUUAACAGUGAAAAUGAAGCAGAUCUCCUUCAUGUGCAGAGAGCAAACUGCUGAAAGAGGAUGAGAAGCAGAAAGAGGAUCGACAGCAGCUGUUUGUCAAACACACACCACCGUCUCUCUGCAAGAUCACCCACAAAACAGAUGGGAUUUUAAUGACAAAAGUUGUUCAAACUGUAAAGCGUGUCUUUAAAUUUAAUAUUUGUAUUUUUUAUUUUUUUUACCCCACAAGAAGAGAACUGAUGGCAGGCAUCGUUUCCUGUCAGCUCCAUCAGAUCUGCAGCUGCCGCUCAUUCCUGACUUCAAACAUGAAGACACCAAAUACGCCUACACAGAAAUCAUUGCAGUCAGAAAAUCACUGCCGUACAAAGGAGAUGGGUGGCCACAGACUCUAAUGACCAAUUAUCUUUACCGACUUCCUCCCCUGAUAAAAGGGUUGGCUUGAUUCAGCAGCAAAGUAAACACUGUUUGAAAGCAGGUCAAAACAGUGCUGGUUUACCUUUACAGGGCAGAGUACCAAAAUGUGUCUCAAUCAACCAGAUAACAUUAAGAAGGAGGAGAAUUUGGCUGUUAGUUUGGUUACUGUGGGUUCUACUAUCUGUCAGACAGUUGCACAUGUACACCUACAAACGGUUUGACAUUAAAUUUUUAGUAAGCAGGUUUGCUUUGUAUGUUUGCAAAGUCUGUAGUUAAGCUGAGUGGUUCACAGUGUAACUAUAAUAACGUAGUAUUGGUGAAUAACAGUGAUGUCAGUGAGUUUGAGUGACAUGGAAACAGAUUUUAACCUCAUUUCUGUUUGGCUACAAAACUGCUGAAAAUAAAAUGAUUUUUGUUUUUCCCCCCCAAAGAGUGAGUGUGAGUUUCAUUUAAUUUGGUGGAUUCAAACCUCAAAGUAUACAUGUACAUUAACUCGCACAUGACAUUUGUGAGCGCUGUUGCGUCGCUCGGCAGAACAGAUGAGGGAGGUACAGAAGGGAUCCAGGAGCAGAGGAUACCAAAGUGAUCCUGACUCACUCAGCCUCUCUGCUGAUCGCGCUGCCUCAGAUGUGUGGUCCCGUCUGAUUCAUUUAAAUCUUAUUGGCCGUGAGCAAAGACAACAAAUGAGGAUGAAAACCGAGGACCCUUCACUGAUGAAGCCGACAUGUCAAACUAGAACAUCAUGUGAGACGCUCUCAUGUUUAGGCAGUGCAGAAAUCCAUGUUUGAGAUGGUAAACACCACUUGGAUCUGCCUCGUCCAUGUUUUUGUUAACCAAUCAGCUUCAAGGUUCUUGAGUUGUAAA